UCUAGGUGCCUCAUUCGCUGCUUGUUUCUACUUUGGAGUUUAGAGUUGCUGCAGAACAUAACUCUUCUGCAGAAAACAAUUGUGACAUUUCCUCUCUUAAGAAUUGAAUCUAGUCGUUUCUGAGAGCGAGUAGGGUUGCAUUGUUGAGAAAUAUUUAUCAGUGAUCCAUACCCUUAUGCACUGACAUUAUCUUGCAGUUGUGGUAACAUAAUUUUAGGAGCUGAUUUAAGCUGAAUUAAAUUACUGAUAAAUCGUCAAAAUGCCACUUCUGCAACAUGUAAUGGACGCAGAGUUGGAGCGGUUAGCCAUGGACCAGAUUGUCCCAUCUCUACUGGACCAAGGAUUAUUUUACGUGGACAACUUUCUAGGAGAAUUGGUUGGGCACUUUGUUUUGAACCAAGUGAAAGAGAUGCACAACUCUGGAGUUCUGCAGGAUGGACAGCUGGCUGGUCCUUGCCCGAGUUCUGGGGUCUCCAAAAGGAACAUUAGAGGAGAUAAGAUAGCCUGGGUCAAUGGCGGUGAAAGGGGGUGCGAGGCUAUUCACCUCCUUCUUACAUUAAUCGAUAAAUUGGUUUCUCUUUGCAUCGGCCGACUUGGAAAAAGUAUAAUUCGAGAAAGAUCUAAGGCGAUGGUGGCGUGUUAUCCAGGAAAUGGGACAGGAUAUGUGAAACAUGUGGACAAUCCCAACGCUGACGGUCGCUGUAUCACCUGUAUCUACUACCUCAACAAAAACUGGAACCCCGAACAUGGCGGAAUUCUUCGCAUUUUUCCCGAGGGCAAAUCCUACGUUGCAGAUGUUGAGCCCCUGUUUGACAGACUGCUGUUCUUUUGGUCAGAUAGAAGGAAUCCACAUGAGGUGCAGCCUUCAUAUGCAACAAGAUAUGCUAUAACCGUGUGGUAUUUCGAUUCAGUAGAAAGGACAGAAGCAAAGAGACGGUUUAGAGACUUAACAGCCUCCACCCAAGAUCCGGACGGAAGCACUACUCCCUGAACUUUGACCUUAUAAGAGACUCCAUCCUGUGUGACACAAUACAACACUGGAUCCCUAAUCCUUUGUGCUGACAUGGGCUGACAGAGUUUUCAUGCUUUGGUCUGAUCACUGUUUGGACUGUGCUGUGGUACCUCUUCUAAACGCUACAAAGAAGUUGAAAGCUACAAAGAUGUGUAGUUGUGGUAGAUGAUAAGAAGAUAUAUGUUAAUGGCUUUGUGCAUAUAUUUAGAAAUAAAAUGAUUUGCUGCUCUUUCAA